ACUUUUGUUUACCUUGGAGCCUGUCAAAGUGAUGGCACAUGUUUCAACUGAUUCUGACGACAAAUCUCUUCUUGUUUAUAUUGUGAUUCAGAUGCAAAGAUGGAUAACGCUGUAUUGUUCUACAUUGUUAACGUGUGUAGAUAUGGUUGUCACAUCCUCUGAUUGCUCUUAAUGCUAUAUCCCGAGCAUGACUCACAUCAAAACCUAUGCCCGUCUCAAGCCGAGCCCCUCUCUCUAUGAUGAGUAUGAUGUCUCACCCACCACUUUGCAAAUACGGACACCAGAGAUAUUCCGUGACUAUGGCUCCCCAGGGAAGUUCCGAGCAACUGUGCGCCAUGAGUACUACUUUGACAGAGUCUUUGACGUCAGUGACACUCAAGAAAACGUAUUUGAUGGAGUUGCCAGAGAAAUUAUCAAUGGUUUCCUCAAUGGCUACAACGGCACCAUGUUCGCAUAUGGCCAGACAGGGACGGGAAAAACCUACACUGUUGAGGGGAGUGCUAGGAGGUACAGUGACAGGGGUCUGGCCCCAAGAGCCCUGUCCAUGAUCUAUAAAAGCCUGGAACAAAGAUGUGAUGAGGAGAUCACUGUCCAUAUUUCUUAUAUGGAAAUAUAUCAAGAAGUGGCGUACGACCUACUGAAUCCUGGUGCUCGAACCUUUUCCCCAGUCACUCCACUACCCAGAGUUGCUGUGGCGGAAGGGGCAGGAGGAUCAUGUCUGCUGAGAAAUCUGUCUGUUCAUCUCGCAGCAAGUGAAGAGGUCGCACAGAGUCUUCUUCUUCAAGGUCAGACAAACAGAAGGGUCGCAGAAACUCCAGUCAACCAAAGGUCAUCAAGGUCACAUGCAGUUUUCUCUGUCUAUCUCACCGCUAAACGACCAGACUCUGAUGUCAUUGUCAGGUCUAAACUCCACCUGGUGGACCUGGCAGGGUCAGAACGGGUAGCCAAGACAGGAGUGGAUGGUCAGCAACUGACCGAAGCCAAAUCCAUCAACCUGUCACUCCAUCACUUAGAGACAGUCAUUAUCUCCCUCCAGGCAGACAGUGGAAUAGACAGGCAGCGCACAGCACAAUCACUCAGACAAUUCAACUCCACUCCUCAGCUGAAUCGGCCAUACACUGCUGAUGAUGCUCGCUCCCCAAAACAUGUGCCGUACAGGAACUCCUUGCUUACCAUGGUCCUUCGGGACAGUCUGGGAGGUAACUGUCAGACUGCCAUGAUUGCUACCAUCUCCCUGGAAGUACAGAAUCUCGGAGAAUCUUUAUCAACCUGCCGCUUUGCACAGAGGGUGGCCUGUAUCGCCAAUCAUGCCAUGCGAAAUGAGGAAAUUGAUGAUCGCACUCUGAUCAAGAGACUGAAGAAAAGAGUUGCUGAACUAGAGGCGGAGAUUGCCUUCAUGAGACUGAACAAGGAUACUGAGUGUACAGAUGAAAUGAUGAGCAGCAAGUUAACUGAUGAGGACAAAUUACACUGUGCACGGGUUGUGCAUGAAUAUCUAGGGGGUCGUCUCAGCGAUCCAGUUACAGCAGGCAUUACUGAUCCCUACAAGUUCCGGGAAUGUCUUCGUCUGCUAAAAAAGAUGGUUCUCAGUGGCUACUUCAAGUCUGGGUCCGGUUCCAGUUCCGGUUCUGGUUCUGGUUCUGGUCCUGGAUCAAGAAGCAGUCCGGGGAAGGGUCAGAGGAACUACAACAGGAGGCCAGAUGAUAACUCCGUCCAGAUACUACGCAUUGACCAUGACAGCACCGACAUUGGCAACUUCACAUGCGACAAUAUGGAUGAUGUUAAUAACAAUGCAGAUAUUACCAGUCCUCCCAUGAAGCCAGGCCAGGCUUGGGGUGCGAGUCCAUUGCCAAGUACUCCAGAUGUUAACAACAGAGCGAAGAAAGGUACAGAUUGGACCUCCCCGCACCGGCCAGCCACAGCAGACUCCAUAACCAGCAACAGCGUCAAGUAUACAUCACCAUACGAGCGGAAGCGUGAACGUGAGAUCCAGCGUCUAAGUCGCCGGAUCAACAAGUUGCAGUCGAGCUACGAGAGCAAGGAGAAUGAGCUGACUGACCUCCAGCAAAACGUGGAGCUGCAGGAGCUGGAGGUCAUGGAGUCAGGGCUCAAGGCCAAGGUGGAGGUCACCAAGGAUCAGGUCAGCCACCAGCAGGCCUAUGUCAGUCAGCUGCGGGACACUGAGGCUGACCCCGAACUUUUGGAGCAGGAAAAGCUUGUCGAAAGACAGCUCAGGAAGAGACAGGCAAAAUUUGAGACGAAGAUUGAAGCUAUAAGGCAGAGGAAGAUUCAGAUUCUAAGAAAAGAUGGGGAAUCCCCAGAAUUACCCAAAACUCCUACUAAAGUGUGCAUUGAGGAGAAGUGCCAGUACAAGAAGCGUGAUGGUUCCCUAAAUACACGUCAAGUGUUUGACAUGCUAAAACAGGAGGAAAAGAAGAGAGAAGCACCAUUUGGCUUGCUCAAACAGAAAUCGAACGAGAAGAUUCCUGACAGUGAGUCGCCAGCUCGAGAGGUGGGGAAGCUGCCACCAGACAUAAACUCCGAGCUGAAGCAGAUGAUCCGCCAGUCACAUGACAAGGAGCAAACAAAUGCAGACCUGAAUCACAGUGAUCAGAACAGCAGAAGAACAUUCCAUAAAAACAAAACUCAUGUCCACAAUGAUUUUAAUGGAUCUGGUCUAACUGAGGAUGGUCAUGAAAGAAUUGACAACCUUGAAAAGAAAGGAUCCAGAAGCAAUGGUGCUAACACGGAGAAGAAUAAUGUUAAAGACAAUCAGGUUAAUUCCAAGUUGAACUCAAGACCAGUCUCAGGGAAGAGCUUCCAGUCUGUACAAUCUAUGACUGUUCCUGAUGGUAGCUUCUACACCCAGAGGAAGUCGUCGUCAGGUGUAGCUUCGCGGUGGGCCUCAGCAUAUUCCACACAGCCAUCCACUGCUGAAACGCGACCAGCUACUGCUGAUACAUCUAUGGUAAAAUCCCCGCCUGAUGGGCUUUCAUUAAGCAGUCUUUCACAAGCCAUUAACCCAGACUUGAAUCCUGUGUUUGAAUCCAGUGAUCUUCCAGGGAAUAGCAUUCCCAAUGAACGGUCUUGCCAGAAGAAUGACAAACCCUUUGCGACCUACAUGCCCAGUGAGUAUGUGUAUGGAAUGGCUAAUGGGGACGAGUUUGAUGCCAGGAGGAUGGUGUCAUCCAAGACCUUUGAGACUGCAUUGUCUUCCAUGUUAGAUAAGGAAGAGACGGUUCACUACUCAGAGGAGUAUUACAACCAGUUUGCUCGGGCAGGCAAACGAAAACAUGGCAGCCCAACUCGCAAGCAAACAUCUCGUAAACAUGGCGAUGUUGACACAAGCAACACUGAUGACGCAACAAAGAUGCUCAUGGCAUGGGGUCCUGAGGCUAAGGGAUCAUCUGUUGGAGCCAAACUUGCCAUGUUCCUGGAGGACAUUUGCAGCACCCCAGACACCAGAAAACACACAGCUCACCAUGACAAGGAGUCUUCCAAGAAAAACUCCAGCGAUCGCUUUACAAAUCGUCUGGAGCAGUUCCAGUCUUCCCCUGUACAGAAUGUUACCAGUAGUCGCCAAAAGAUCAAGGCUCUGCCGGACACGGAAAGAGAGUCCGCCUACAUGAGCAAGGCAGAGACAGAGAGGCACCGUAUUGCCAAAAUCAGGAAAGCCCGUCAGGCGGCAGAAGUUAUACAAAAAGCCUGGAGGAAGCACCAUCAAAAAUAAUCCUGGCAAUCCAAAUAUUAUUGCACAAAAUUGAUUACUGAACAAGUUAAUGUGAGCAAAGAUGACACUGGAAAGUGUGAUGCAUGUUUUGAUAUUAAGAAAGCGUGUUAUGUUAUUUGACAGGACAGUUAGUUUUGGAAUUCUGUCAUGCUAAUUGGGCUCAAAGAAAAACUAUUAUGCUGCAUGGUUCCAGGGUAUUUAUUAAAAUAUAUUUAUUAUAAUGGACUGAAAGUUAAUAGUGACAGAAAAACAUCAGGUGUUGUGAGACCAUUGGCAAAGACUGUGAGGUCAUGUGGUAUUAUUCAGAUGACACACAAUGACACACCCUACACAAGAAGUAA